AUGGCAACCAGCCCCACCCCCAGAGGUGGGCUCACCGGUUGCCCAGCUCCGUGGAUUGGCGGAGAAUUUGCUCCGCCCCUGGGCGGAACCUACUUCUCUACCCGCGCAGAGUCGGCCCGCUCUGAGCUUCCCGGCCUGGCUGUGGCGCUGAAGUGCGCGCGCACCGCGCAAGCGCCGUUUGGCGGACGGGUCGCGCCGAGGGACAGGCUGCGCCGACGCGCUCCGCUUCCUGCGAGGGAAAGUCCAGGCUUGAGACAAAAGGGGGGGAGGCGAGUAGGGAACAUCCGGGUCAUUCGCCGCCGCCGCCGUCGCCUGAAUCCGGGACACGCGCGGGAGCUGCUGCUGCGGCCGCUACACGGUGAGGCCUUUGGCGGGAGGACGCCUAGGAAGAGGCCGCGGGCAGGAGCGGGAAGCGGAGGAGGCGGCAGCGGCGGACUGGGCCUAGAGGCAGCCCGGAGGCGGAGAGGGAAACGCGCGGCGGAGGCCUCUCAGCCCGCGGAGCGGCCGCCUUCUCGGCCUCCUCCCGGGGCUCCCGCUGGUCCCUCAAGGUCAGGCCUGGCUGCUCGCGCUCCGCCUCCGGGGCGAGGAGAAGGCCGGGCCGGGCCCAUAGCCGUGUUCCGCCGAGGCGGGGCUGGUUGCUCCGGGGCCGGGCCGGGCCUUCCUGCGGCGGCGGCGAUGCUCUUAAGGCUCGCACGGGACUCCUAGGCCGCGGUACUCCUCCGACCUCCUCCCCCCGCCCGCCCGCCCGGUUGUUGGACUUGGGGAGGGAGGAGGCGGCGGCCUGCGGGAAGCAGCAGCAGCGCCCGGGGAGGGGCGAGAGGCUCAGGGUCCUGGGAUCCUCCUUUCUCUUCCCCCUCCCCCUCCCGCCUCGUCGGGAAAGCUGACAGUUUCCGGGGCUGCGGCGGCAAUGUCGCCCCAAGACGGUUUUUUGCGGCCCAUUCGGUGGCGGCGAUGCGGAAAACUUCAGCUGCCCUGACUGGCAUCUGUUUUGUCUUGCAGAAGGACCUUGAAUAUGUCGGGGAUUGCGCUCAGCCGACUUGCGCAGGAGAGGAAAGCCUGGAGGAAGGACCACCCGUUUGUAAGUGGUAGCAUCUCCCACUGUGAAGAUGAAGAGGAGGAGGGUUUUGUUUCCGGCAUAACUCCAGCCCCUUUUUGGUGUUCUAACAUUCCAAAAGAACCAUUAGCUCAGCAGAGAGGCUUUUUCAAAAAAUGAAAUAGUUGAUACUAAGUGAAUAAGCACAGUACUUGAUAUUGCAUUAGUAAAAAGUAUGUAGAAUCUGUAUUUAAAUGCUAAAUAGAAAUAGCCACCAAGGAAUAAUAUAUACAUUUUUUGAAGAGACACAUUUAAAGUUAUUUUGUUUAAAAAAAAAAGUUGCACAUUGUAAACAAAUGAUUUUCAAAGACACCCUGAGUGCCUUUAAUCAGGGCAAGUGCCUGUAUUCUUUCCAAAAUUCUAAGCAGCUAUUGGACACUAUCAGUGGCUCACUAGAAACUGGCUAGUGGUGAGCCACAACCAAUAUUUUACACAUUUCUGUUCUACAACAAAUAAUAAACAAAGAUGAUCACUUAGCUAUUGCAUAAAAAUGCACUUGAUUUCUCUCUGAAAUUCUAGUCUCUGAAUGUCUUCAACAUGCUGAUAAAGUAUGUACACGGUCACAGUGAGUCUGAAGUCCUAAACAGUGUAGUAGCCAUUGUUGGCCAUACUCAAAGUUGACCUGCUAAGCGUACUGGGCCUAAGGUAGCCAUGUCCAUUAAUUUAAAUAGGCCUACUGUGAGUAGGACAUUGGAGGAGCACAAGGUUCUGUGACUAGCCCUUUCACUAGCAUACACUGUAUGUUGCCGUGAUAUCGCACAUCAUCUUCAGCUAACCUUUUAAUUGUUUUAGGGUUUUGUAGCAGUACCAACAAAAAAUCCAGAUGGUACGAUGAAUCUCAUGAAUUGGGAAUGUGCUAUUCCAGGAAAGAAAGGGGUAAGGUUUUGGAUGCCUACCAACAUUACUGUUCCGUUCUUGGAAGAUAGUAUUUUAUGUUUGGUGUAUACUAGUUUAAGGGUACUUCGGUUAUAUCAAAAUGACUAAAUUUCCAUUCACGCCGAAAUUACUGUUAACUGCAAAAAGGAAUCAUCAGUCUGUGUCCUAGUUAUUUCUCAGCUGGAUGUUUGAUUGGUCGUUCUGAAACAGUUUGCUGCUUGUUUCCUAAUAAACUCUCAAUGCAAUGGAAUUGAGUGGCCCGGGUGUCUCCAUUGGAGAGCAUGAAGAUGCUUUUCAGAAUUCUUCUCAUUCUGCUCUUAACGGGAAAGUUUGUAUUGGCAAGACUGGAGUUGUAUCUACUCAGUAAUGGUAGAAUAGGCUAAAAAGGCUUGUAUGGAAAGAAAAGUUAGCAUGUUCUUAAAAUGGGGGAGAUUUAAAGCGGCUGUAGGAGAAGCAAUAUUUUAACCUGGUGUAAAUCUUUCACAGUGGAUUUGCAAUACUUUGCUGCGUUAGUUGUCUAUCUUGAAGUAUAUAUGUGUGUGUUUGUAGCUGCCUGAUAUUCUCAUUGUACAUUAUACUGGAGAGUAUGCUAGCCUAGGCAGCUUGGUCCUAGAUCACUCAAUAUUUCUAACCUAUGCUAUGCUCUCCUGACAGACACCAUGGGAAGGAGGCUUAUUUAAAUUACGGAUGCUUUUCAAGGAUGAUUAUCCCUCCUCACCCCCAAAAUGUAAGUCAAGUGAGAUUAACUCAUAUAAACUGCCCAGAAGUAUUUUUUGAUUAAGCAGUAUUUGAAUCUUGCAAAGUAAACAAAAUAAUGAAAGACUUUCAGAUUAAGGUUGUUAAAUGAUGUAGUGACCCUAGCAACACAAUAGUUUGCCACCUGUGUUGUGAAAUCUAUUCCUUUCACAGGAUGCUUUCAACAGUGGUCAGAUCUAAAAGUACUUGAAGAAAUGUAUUAUUUCUCUACCAGAUUUCUCCCUCGUUUUUGCCUGUACAAAUAUUAGGAGUCCCUGGAGUAGGAGAACAAAUUGUCCUGAACCACUGGAGCUCUGUCUUCAUUAUUUCCUUUGCCCCGUUUUGUCCUGAAAUUGUUUCUAAUUUCUUAUGGAUAGAAGCUCUGGAAAGUGGCCCUCAAGUGACAAAACAAAAGCUGUGGUGUUGUUUCACAGCUUCUGGUGUCCCCAUGGAUCCUUAGGUGUUGGGCUGCUCCAAGUUUGCUGCUCUUAAUAGUUUUUUCAAUAUUGUUAAUAACUGCCUUGAAUGACCUUUUGUGCAACAGGCAGAAAAAUAUUUUAAUAAUUGUUUUAAUAUUUUCCCUUUUGGUUUAAAACGAGGAUAAACAGAUGAAUUUUUUAAGUUUAAUUCUACUGAUGUUUGUUUUUUUAAUGAUUGCUCCCCCCCUUCAAUGUUUUUCACUGUUUCUAUUUUAGUUGUAAGCUGCCUUGAAUCCCUGUUGAUGGAAAAAGGCGGUAUAUAAACAAACAUAAUAGAAGUGGCUUCAUUGCCUGUUGCCCUUAUUUGAAUUCACUGUUUUCUCCCCCCCCCCCCGAAUGUUUCACUUGAUCUUGUUAUGAAUGCAUCCAGAGGAAAUAUUUCCCCCUCACUUGCUCUCCACUUUAAGCAGGUGUGUGCGCAUGCGCGCGCACCUUUCUCCUAAGCUGCAAUUCUUUAAAUUGUAGGUGGUGGUGACAGUAACAGCUGCUCUCAAACAGCAUCCCCUGAAUGAGAGUGAUGAGCAGUGUGCUGAUUGGUGGAUCAAAGUGUGAUUGUUGCAAAUAAAUUUACUUGAGGCUCCUUUGAAUCAGCAAGGGAUUGAUUCAGCUUUCUGCCUAAGAGCAGCAGAAGCCCAGCAGAUGUAUCCCAGUAGGAUUUUCUCACCCAGGUUUUUAAGCGCAAAUCACCCUCUUCCCUUGCAACCUGGGAAAGUGCAAGUUGCGUGAUGCCAAAAAGUUUUUUUCUCCUACAGUGAAGUAGUCACAUGAUGACAGAUGAAGCCUUUCCACAUAAUUGCUUGGCUUUAUGUCUGAACUAGGUCUUCUCUUGUGCAGGCAAAUUUGAGCCACCCUUAUUUCAUCCAAAUGUGUACCCUUCAGGCACUGUGUGUCUGUCCAUCCUAGAAGAGGAUAAGGAUUGGAGGCCUGCAAUCACAAUUAAACAGGUAUGCAUUUUUCUCUACACAAAAAAAGGGCUACAGGAGGCUGGGAUAGACACUUCCCUGGGUGGGUUUAAAUUGAGCCAAGUGCCCCUUUUCUUGGCAAAAAUCACAGAAAUGCAGUAAGCUAGUAUUGCCUGCUCUGAAUGGCAGUCUCUCUCCAGGCAGAUAAUUCUUCCAUCUCACCUACUGUGCAUUUCUUGUACCUGGAGAUUAAGCCUGAGACCUAUCCAAAGCAUAUAUCUUACCAGUGAACAGUGCUCCCUGGCAGCUGUUGAUUCACAUAGUUCCUGAGCAAACAUGCAUACUGAGUGGCGGAAGUAGUUAACUCAUCUGGUUGCAGUUAACCUGGGAGUCUUGCUGCCUUGAAACAUAGCCCAAAACUUCUGGUUAUGUGGCCAUCAUACUUUUUGCUCUAGAGAACAUAUAACUACUAUGGGAAGCAAAACAAUUGUGGAAUCUAGAGUUUCCAUAAGAACACUAGCAAAGAGAGAGGCUGCAGUCGCUUUGCACCCUGAACUCAAGUCCCUUUCAUAAACAUACUUAGGGUUGGACUUUACCUGCCUGGAGCUUUCCAGAAAGCAAGAGUGCUCUCUGGCAGGACAAUGAGUUGUGUGCAAUGUUAGUCAAACUCAGCGUGCAAGGUUAGUCACACUUGGGGUGGACUUCAGUUGGCUACAGUCCAUGUUUCUCCAUGACAUGAGAAGCCAACGUGUACACUCCAAAUCACUGGAAGAGCAGGAUAUAAUUCAGUGUACUUGGAAAGGUCUUGGGUUCAUGUUUAAGAGACUGUUUUGAGUGGAAAGUCUGUCUUUAUUUUUAGAGAGCGCUGAAUAAUUAAGCUAAAUAAACAAUCUGAUGUAAAAUAAAAACAGUUUAGUAUAUAUUUAUUCAAAAUCAUUGUGGCCACACAGGGAGCUUCUCAUGUUUCAACUGCAUUUUCUCAUGCAGACUUAAAAUCUGUUUUAUAACAAUACUUGCGUGAAGGGUGUUUCUUUUCUUCUGUGCUCAUAGAUCUUGUUAGGAAUCCAAGAACUCCUAAAUGAACCAAAUAUUCAGGACCCAGCUCAAGCAGAGGCUUACACAAUUUACUGGUGAGUAGACUUCACCUGCUCUGAUGUGAUACCCCUUGACAAUUGCAGUCACAGUAGACAGAACCAAAUAUCCACCAUGUCUCUUUCCCUGUCAAUCAUAGUAGGUAAGCAUUUGUGUAACGCUUUGGGGCUAAACUAGACAAAAAAAUGCAGGAGGCAGCUGCUUCAGAAGUUGGAGUGAAUCGCUGCCCUUCCUCCAAAAUUGUUUGUGUUAGGAAGGAGCUGUUGGCACCAGUGAGGCUUCUGUGCAAGGAGCAGGGGCUGAAAUAGUUCAGUUGGUAGAGCAUGAGACACUCAAUCGCAGGGUUGUGGGUUUGAGCCCCAUGUUGGGCAAAAGAUUUCUGCAUUGCAGGGGAUUGGAUUAGAUGACCCUCAUGGUCACUUCCAACCUUGCAAUUCUUUGAUUCUGUGAAGUGCUUCACCUAUGUUAACCAUGUUGCUUGUAAAAAUGAUACCUUCCUAAUUCAUAUCCAUACCCCUUUCCAUCUCCAGUCAGCAACUCCUGGGAGAUCUGUUAGAUCCCAGUGUUCUGAAUAUUCUGCAUGUGGGGUCUUAAGUGUUUGAUUAUCUCAAGCUAUGGGCUUGAUAUAGAAUGCCUCAUGCAGAGAGAUCUUUUAAAAGUCAAGUCACCUUUCUCUUUUUAGCCAAAACAGAGUGGAAUAUGAAAAGAGGGUUCGAGCACAAGCCAAGAAGUUUGCACCAUCAUAA